GCCGUUUCUUUGAAUCGAAUAAUCCAAUAUUUGAUUCGAUGGCGUUCGCUUCCAGCUUUCGUCGCGUCCUUAGCUCUGGCUCUUCCGUUCUCCAAUCUCAACUGGCUACCGUUCGUUUUAGUUCAACUCUUACUUCCCCUAAACUCUUCGUCAGUGGUCUGUCAAGACUUACAACUGAUGAAAGGCUUAAGGAGGCAUUUUCUUCAUUUGGACAGCUUCUUGAUGCAAAAGUUAUAACGGACAGAAUGUCUGGAAGAUCAAAAGGGUUUGGUUUUGUUACGUAUGCAACCAUAGAGGAAGCUGAGAAGGCUAGAGAAGGAAUGAACGCAAAGUUCUUGGAUGGAUGGGUUAUUUUUGUUGACCCUGCUAAACCAAGGGAGUCCAGACCACCUCCUCCGCGUCAAUCAGAAUCGCAACCCUCUGAGACAGGUUUCAGAACAAACAAGACAAUCGGAUGGUGUGGGUGAUUUAAGGUGGUUGACGGUAUUCAUCAUACUAGAAGACUAUUUACAGAA